AUGCAAUUAACGUUUCUGGACUUUGAAGCCGCUUUCGACUCUCCUUACCGAGGCCGUCUUUUCAACGCGCUCAGCGCCGGUGAAGUACGAAGGAGGUUCGUUCGUUUGCUUGAUGAAAUAAAUCAACGAACGACUGCUGCAGUUCGAACACCACCCGGAUGUACAACACCGUUCGAGAUGGUAACUGAAGUAAGACAAGGGGCAGUGGCAACACCCUUCCUGUUCAAUUUUGCCAUCGACAACAUUAUGCCAAGAACAGUAGAUCACUGUCCCGCCGAUAUCAUUCUAGCACCAUCAGAACGCUCUUUGACCGAUCUCGAGUACGCUGGCGAUGUUGUUAUGUUCGCAGAAACCAGUACGAAACUUCAACAUGUUGUCAACUUUGUAUCGAAGCUGGCUGUGGCCUACGGACUACGUUGA